CCCUCCCAUUUUAUUGAGGUUAGGUUUGUCCGAAUCAUAGUUUAACCAUGAUUGACGGUUUUUGGAUGAAAAUUUGAACAGAAGCAAUGUUUGAUAACAUUUAUGAAGUAUAGUAGUAUGUUUGAUGUAAAAAAAAAAAAAAGUAUACGGCUAUAACACUAUGAAAAGACCAUGAAUUGUGAUAUUGUACCAUAGGCUAUACCGGAAAAGUCAAUAAUUAAGUGUUUUAUAUCGAUAUCUUGUUUCAAAAUUUUUUUUAUUACCCAGGAACCUCAGCCCCACGUGCCACUUUGUGACAGCGGGUCCUACUAAACCUGGGAGCCACCUGCAAUCAAAUUCGACGCCAACGACCUUAUACCUCCGGGAACACCAACUAACCUCGCUUAAAUUCGAACCUAAAAUCUACAACUCCCAACCCUUCACUGUCGCGACAACUUUACCGUUAGCCUAUCUUGUUUCAACAAUUUCAUAACACUAUAACCAACUAGUUUUGGUCUUAUGGACCCUGGUAUUCACGAGUCAUGACGGUUUUCUAAAUUAUUGAAAAAAAACAAAAAGAUGAGAGAGGAAACCGGGCCAUUCCGAGGGCGUAGGUAUCAAAGCAUCUUCGCCUGGCCCAGCCCAUUAGCCCAACAACUCCUCUACAGAAUACCAGGGAAAAGACCCGAAAACCCGAAUCCGGAAACAAAAGUAUCGAUCGUUUUCUCUCCCCCCGCAACCCAGAAAAUUCAAUCACCAAUCUCCCAUUACCCACCACAAUCCCCAAUCCCCAAAAUUUCCCAAUCCCCUCAAUUCAUCCAUUCCAUUCCUUUCCCCAUGGUGGAGGAGAAGACGAAGAAGAGAAGAGAGCCGCCGGCGGAGGAGAUUGCUGCUUAAACCCACCAAACCCAGAUCCCCAAUUGCAGAUCUCUCCGUUCUUCUCUUCUCUCUCUCCGAUUCGCAGCUUUUAAUUCCCCACCCGCCCCCUUAUCCAAAUCCACCCAUAUCACCCCCUCGAUGCGGCGACCCAGAAACCAGCCCGCCGCCGAGCAGAUCGGCGCCCCACAGGGUGAAGAGAUCAAGUACAGAGGCGUCCGGAAGCGGCCAUGGGGCCGAUUCGCCGCCGAGAUUAGAGAUCCUUGGAAGAAGACGCGGGUAUGGUUAGGUACCUUCGAUUCCGCCGAGGACGCCGCCAGGGCCUACGACGCCGCCGCUAGAUCUUAUCGCGGCGUCAAGGCCAGGACCAAUUUCCCGCUGGUGGAUUCUGGGGUCUUUGUUGGUGGCGGCGGGGGAGAGGAUUUGAUGGUCAAGCGUCAAGCUUGGACGGCCGGGGAGGCGGAGGAGGAGGAAGGAGGUGCGGCGGCGGUUCAGGUGAAUCGGUGGACGAGCAGCAGCAUGAGCAGCACGGUGGAGUCGUGCAGCGGUCAUCGGCCCGGGUCGAACAAUCCGGCUCAGAUCCCGGACCCGGCGAGGGCCCGGAGGCGACGACCCGUCGUGGUGGUCUCGCCGGGUGAUUGUCGGAGCGACUGCGACUCGUCGUCGACGGUUGUGGACGAUGCCGACGACGUGGACGUCGUUGGCAGCAACGACAAGGAUUGCACGGUGUCUCUAUCUCAAUCUUCUACCGGUAAGCUCCUGCCUUUUGAUCUGAAUUUCCCGGCUCCGAUUGACAAUAACAACGACGACGACGGCUCUGCUCCCGGAUUUGGAGCUUGUAUCCCCAUAGAUGGCCAACUCCCAACCUUGGCCUUGUGUCUGUAACGAUUUUUACUGUAAACCCCCCUUUGUAUUUCUGCCUUUUUCUUUCCCUAUGGUUUUAUUUUCUCGGGAAAAUGACAGAAGAAUUGGAGGAAGAAAAUAUAAAAAAAAAAGUUACCAAAAAAGGAAUUGCAGCCACAGCAGCAUCAUCAGCAAGCUGGAGAAAGAUGAAUUUGAUGGUGGGUUGCUUUCAAUUUAGAUGUAUGAUUAGAUGAGUUGAACAAGUUCUAAGCUUGAUUAUAGCACGAAUCGAUUUGCUUCCAAGUUUGAUGAUGAAGCCUUAUGUAUUAGCUUCUUCAUCUUGAUGAUGCUUUUCAUUUGCUGUGUAAUUUUGUUAGAUCUUUCUUAGAAUGGGAACAUGGAGGGUUUGGGGAGAGGAUCAUGGUCGUCCGAGAUCUGUUCGUCUUCUGUCUUGUGAUUCCUCUCACUCUCUCUGUGUUACCCAUUGAAGCAGAAAUCAAAAUCCACGCUUUCUGGUUUCUCCGUGUACAAAAUAAAAAACAACAAUAGAAUUCUCUGUACUAUUAACACAUCUUGGAAGUUUUUCUCCAUGGCUUCUUUCCUUUGCAUUGGCUCCACAAAGUAUGGUGUUUUGCAGUACUUUUGCUUCAUUGUUUUGAGGAUACUCUCUACCUCUGUUUUAAGUCUGCUUUCUGAGAUUUUUUGAAGGUGGUUUUGGAGGGGCGUGGUUAUCAUCGUUUUAGGGUUAUGGCAAUAGAGUGAGUUGAAUGUGAUGAUUGGUGGAGUCGGCAAAUUCACAUGCCAAUGAAUUGAUGACUACUUGAAUAGAUCUAAACCAUAGUUUAGAAAUGUUUUCGUAUUACUAUGGACUAGUUGUUUGGAUGUUGGAUUUUCACCAUGGGUAUUGGUCAUGAUGGAUUGAUUUAAAAUGAAGUCAAUUGUGUAAAUUUAAGAAUGGAUGAACAGCAUUAAAGAUGGAAUGUUAUU